AGGACGGGUGAGGCCCCAGAGCUGUUAGACACAGAGGACUGUACAGGUGCAUCAAAGAUGAUCCUCCUCGUAGCCCUUGUCCUCACUUUGUGCGCCCUCACAUCAAGGGUUGAUUGUGCCACUGCAGGAAUUGACUGGUGUUACCAUCUCCCUACCUGCAAUGACAACAACUGGGCAACCAUCGCUCCCAAAUAUUGUAAUGGCUCCCGACAGUCGCCCAUUAACAUUAACACAUCAGCUGCCAAAAUUGAUGAAAACCUGACGGCAUUCACCUAUACCAACUACGGCAGUACCACCGCCCUGAAAACCCUUGAAAACACCGGCAAGACAGUCAAGGCUAACCUGGAAAGUGGUGUUAAGAUUUCCGGAGGAGGUCUUGCAAACACCUAUGACAGCCUGCAGUUCCACCUGCACUGGGGAAAUGGAGCGUCAGUCCCCGGCUCUGAGCACACAGUGGAUGGCAAGCGCUACCCCAUGGAGAUGCACAUUGUAAACGUCAAGUCAUCCUACAAUGGCAACACAACCCUGGCUGUUGGAGACUCCAAUGGCCUUGCUGCUUUGGGUUUCUUCAUCGAGGAAAUGUCUGGCAGUGCCACUGGCGAACCUGCAGCCUGGAAGACCUUGACCUCCUAUCUGGCUAACAUCACAAACAAAGGUGAAAAUGUAGCCCUUCCUUCUGGAAUCUCACUGGAUGACCUCCUUGUUGGGGUGAACCGUGCAAAGUACUAUCGCUACCUUGGCUCCUUGACCACCCCUGCUUGCAAUGAGGCCGUCGUUUGGACUGUGUUCAAGGAGACGAUCAAAGUCAGCAAGGAUCUGAUCGACCUCUUUAGCAAUACAGUACACGUCAACGGCAGCUCAUCGCCUUUAAUGACGAAUGUCUUCAGACAGAUCCAGCCAGAUCAACCAGUCACAACACAGGCUGCAAGCUCUGCCUCCACAACCUGCUACUCUCUGGGGCUGAUGGUGUUCAGUUUUGCUCUGUGGAAGAAUCUGUGAUCAAAUACAAUCCAGCAACUUAUUUUGUUCCUGUUGAACCUGUUUUUCUCCUGUAUGAUUUUGUCUGACUUUAGCCUUGUCCAAGUUGUUAAUAUAUAAAGACUGCACUGAGCUACUUGUCAUUAGUGCCCUUAAUGCAACAUGUAGGCUGCAACAUGCACAUGUGAUCAUUCUUCUUACAUCCAAGAGGACACAAAGCCUCAACAACACAAUUACUUCUUCUUUUCCAAUGUAGCUUGAGUUACAGUUUUUUUUCUAUGGACAUUUGCAAGUAUUGAAUUCAUGUUAUGGACAUGAAUACUUGAGUACUGAUCGGGCACAGCUCACGUCCAUUUUGAGCUAACAUGGCUAUUUUCAGGUAUCUGAGAAAGGGAUAUUGACAUUGUUUAGUUUACUGAAGAGCUCUACUGAUAGUGAUUUUUGAAAUCGUUAAAAUCAUUAAUGCAAUAUGAGUGUGGCGGUAUUUUACCACAUUGGCCUUGUGUUGAGAGUUACAAAUUGGUAACUACGUAUUUUAUUUUAAUGACUUUAUAUUGUAUCUUGAUUUGCUGAAUGUUCCCCUACCUGGUGCAGACAUUGUUGGCACAUGAAAUGUCGCCAUCUUGCCAAGCUGAUGAAUCAAAAUGAAACCUGUUUCAGUUGGUGUAAUGAAGGAAUGAGGUGUCACUUCAUUAAAACCCAUUGUGUCUUGCAAUGAUACGCACAAUCUUAUAUUCACACCUUUUUAACCUUGUGUUGAACUACUCCCAACACAACAGGAACCGAACUGUGGGCGCCGGUUUAAUGUGUCAAAAUGUCAAAUGAUCAGUCACUAUUCAUCAAUCUCCACUUGUCUUUGUAAACUAUGUAGAGUUUGUUUGACCUGCUCUGUUUCAUGACAUUUAAUCCCUGUUGUUGCUCUUGGGCAGCACUUAAGCCAGAAAACAGAGACAUGGUUUUAGAGAGCUCAUCAGUAGAGCUAUCCCGGAAUAUGAGAAGACAUGACAGCCUGGUUGUUUCAAAGAUCACUUCUCCAUUUCAAGUAACUUCCUCUUAACUGAUGGCUGUGACGCUGCAGUUUUCCAUGUUGUGCUUUUAACUUUAGUCAUCGUGUGCCAUUUACAGCUUGUCUAAUAUUUACAGGAUAAACACAGAACAAGGAGGUUUAUAUGCAAACAUGAACCUACUUGAGGAACUUGAAUAACGCUUUGAAAGAAAUAUUUAAUGGUUAACUUGACAGAUAAUUAACGAGAUAUUUAAUUUGAUCGAAGAGAUCAACACCUUACGACAGUCAAAGGUUUGAAUGCAAGUAAAUGAACUGAAAAUAUUUUCUUUCUGCAUCACUUCACUGUCAGUGUCAGUCUCUUUACUUUAAUGUUUAAUUUACAUAAAUAAAGUCAACAUUUUAGGUAUUUUUUGGUGUGUACUAACUUCAAACUUAGGGGUCCUGGGCUAUUUGGAUAUUGUUGAAAACUUUUGUUUUUUUCCUUUGUGUAACACAUUAAAACAUUUGUUACCAUGUU